AUGGUAACCAAAAAUUUGAAUGCUGAGCAAGGAGUCAUGAUGAUAUCAGCUCAAGUCAGUGCUAUUAUUCAGAAAAAGAUCCCAGAAAAACUUCCUGAUCCAGGUAGUUUUGUUCUUGAUUGUACCAUCUUCACUGACAUAUUUGCUAGAUCUUUGUGUGAUCUUGGCUCUAGUGUCAACUUAAUUCCUAGAUCAGUAGCUCUCAGCUUGGGAAUGACAGACUUCAAGCCUUCCAAGAUCACUCUAAUCCUUGUAGAUCAGUCAAUUCGUAUUCCUGAUGGUUUUCUUGAGGAUGUUCCAAUUAAGAUUAGAGAAUGCUUGAUACCAACUGAUUUUGUAGUACUCAAGUAUGAAGAAGAGCCUAAGGACCCUCUUAUUCUGGGAAGAUCAUUUUUAGCCACUGCUGGAGCUAUUAUUGAUGUCAAGAAGGGUCAGAUUGGUCUUAAUGUGAGUGAUCUACAAAUGUGCUUUGACAUGGAUAAGCUGGUUAAGAGGCCAACCAUUGAUGGACAAACAUUCUAUGUGGACACAUUUUCUAACCUUGCUAAAGAGAUAUUCCAGGAGCUGCAUCUUGAGGAUCCACUAGAGAGAGCAUUAGUUGCUUCUGCUGAAGAGGUUGAGCAUCUAGAUGACAUUUCUGUUGGGUAUGUCAAGCUACUUGAUGCUAAUGAACAAGUGAAGAAGCUG